GGGGCUGCCGGGGCGCGGCUUCUCCGCAGCGGCUGCGCCGAGGGAGCCGAGGCGGGGCCGUGGUUCCGUUCCCGUGCCCGUCUCUCCAUGGCGGGGCUGUGUGCGGCCGGGCUGGGCUGCUCGGCGCUCCCGGCCGCUGCCGGGGCCGUGCUGAGGCGCUGCGGGGCCGCGGGGAGCAGCCGCAGCCCCUGGCAGCCGGCCGUGCUCCUGCUCAGCCCGGCGUUCUCCACCAGCUGCGCCCGGCGCGCCAAGGACAGGCGGCUGAGGCAGAAGAGAGCCAUUUCCGAGCGGCAGCUGACACGUUAUUUCGUGGAUCAGCGGAAAGUGCGUGUGGUUGGAGGACAAGGAGGAGACGGGGGCCAUUCCUUCCACAGUGAGCCCAGAAAAGUGUUUGGAGGUCCUGAUGGUGGAAAUGGAGGUGAUGGGGGUCAUGUCAUUUUUAAAGCUGACCAGCAAAUGAAAUCACUUUCUUCAGUGUUCCGCUUCUAUCGGGGUUUUCACGGAGAGAGAGGAGGAAGCAAAAACUGUUAUGGAGCUAACGGUGCACACUUGUAUGUUAAAGUCCCUGUUGGUACUUUGGUGAAGGAGGAUGGUGAAGUUGUGGCUGACCUCACCCAGCAUGGAGAAGAGUACAUUGCAGCUUAUGGAGGAGCUGGGGGCAAAGGGAAUCGCUUCUUUCUCUCCAAUGAAAACCGCGCUCCAAAAUUAUUUACUCCAGGAGAGCCAGGUCAGGAGAGGGUCCUUCAGCUGGAGCUCAAGACAACAGCUCAUGCAGGAUUGGUGGGCUUUCCCAAUGCUGGCAAAUCCUCACUUUUGAGAGCCAUCUCCCGGGCAAAGCCAGCUGUGGCUGCCUACCCAUUCACAACCCUAAACCCCCACGUUGGCAUUGUCCACUAUCAAGACUAUGAACAAGUGGCAGUUGCUGACAUUCCUGGCCUAAUCAAAGGUGCUCAUCAGAACCGUGGGCUGGGGAUGGCCUUCCUGAAGCACAUCGAGCGCUGCCGCUUCCUCUUGUACGUGGUGGAUCUUUCUGUGCCUCAGCCCUGGAUCCAGCUGCAAGACUUGAAAUAUGAACUGGAAGCGUAUGAAAAAGGCUUGUCUGAGAGGCCUUGUGUUGUGGUUGGCAAUAAGAUUGACCUUGCUGAGUCCAGGAUCAAUCUGCCACUCCUUAGGGAGCAGGUAGCUGAGAGGGUUAUCGCCUUGUCUGCCCUGACAGGAGACAACUUGGAGGAGCUGCUGUUGCACCUGAGGGAACUGUAUGACACUUAUGUGAAGACAGAACAGUCACGGGGACAAAGCCCAGUCAAGUGGUAGAAGCCACAACUGCUGUGAACUGUGCUGGAAGGAGAACAAAGUUAAAAUAGCAGUUUGAUUUGAAUGCAUUUCUGUGAUUUGGGCUUGUUUUUGUUGUUAAUAUGGAAGGGCACAGCAUGGGGAUUUGUUCUGGACUGCUGCUUUGGAAAGAUUGUUUUGUUUGUUUCUUCACCUUUGAGGUGUCUCUGAAGUUUUACAACAAAGCAUGAAAAUUGUAAUCAUGGUGGGAGUUGAACUGGAAACCUGGCUCUUGUUUGGCAUACUAUGGAAUGAAGAGAAUGCUGUCUAGUAGAAAUGACUGAAAUUCAGGCUCUGCAGGAGAUGUUGGCUUAUUUUAUGAAGUGUACUGAAGUCACUCUCAAUUUUCACUAAUCAAAAGUUCUAAAAUAAAAUCAGGUGCUCCCA